AUGGACAUCAAUCCGGUUCUGUUCGGUGUCCUCGACGUUGAAGUACAGCAGCAGCAGGGCGUUUAUGACAAUGUUUGCUUCGGGAAAACUAUGUGGCUCGCUGAGUCGCCGAGCAAGGAUCAGUUGAAGUGUAGAGAGUGUGGGGAGGUGUGUUCUCUUCUAGUGCAAAUCUACUGCCCGUUUCCAGGCGCGCCGAGCAGUCAGCAUCGAAAGAUCUUCAUCGCAGUUUGUCCUACUCACCACAAGUGUGCAUCUGGUUGGAAAGUGAUCAGACAGCUGAGGACUGAAGAACCGGCACAAGUAAUCGCCCAAGAUGCAGUUUUCGGCGAUGACGGUGAUGAUGACUGGGGAGUAGAGGAAAACGAGGAUGAAGCGGUAUCCUGGGCGGCCACACAGAUGCAGGGCCUUUCGAUCGCAAAUCAAAAUUCGUCCGCAAUGGAGAAGGAAGAAAAAAGAGAAUCAUCAAGCUUCAAGACGAUAAAAGAAGGCCUCUUCAUUGAAGUUUAUGAAGCAGAAUCGUCAGAGCAGAAUUACGCACACGAAAAUGAACUUUAUCAAAAGUAUAUGCUGGAGGAAACGAUGGGAGGGACGAAUCAAGCUGCGAUGGAGUCAAAUACCACAUCCGAUGAGAUGGAAACGGACGAUGAGGAAGACGAAGAUGAAGUGGUACAGGAGUUUCUCGAGGGGCUGCGUCAGCAACCAAGCCAAAUCUUACGAUACCAGGUGAUGGGAAAGCCGCUCAGUUUGGAUCCGCAGCAAUACAGUAACGGAGCGGCUGUGCCAAGAUGUGAUACGUGUGGAGCAAGCAGGGGAUUCGAACUACAGCUCAUGCCGAGGCUUGGAGACAUUCUAGGAGCGAAUUUUUCGAUUGGCACUGUUCAGAUCUUUACUUGUUCAAGGAACUGUUCGCUCGAGCAAAACUCGUUUGAGCAUGUCGUGAUUCAAGAUGAGCCCGACUCGGCCAAGUUCAAAUAA